GUCUCCUCUCCGGAUAUCCUCCUGGCCGCAGAGGACUUUGUCGUUCCUCUUGUCAUCGAGAAAGAUGCGGUCGUUGCUGCUGUCCCUCGCCGUCACCUGCCUUGCAGCCCUGGCUGCCCUGGCUGCAGAGGGGAAGCCAACAAGGAGAGGCCUACAGGGGUUUGUGACGGGCGCGCGUGGGCCUCCCGUGCCAGCAUCCGUUGUCGGCGGCCCUCGUUCAUCAUCGUCAGGGCGCAAGUCUCGCUUCUGGGGGGUCGGGCCGCGAGCAUGGGACAAGUGGCGGUUCGGAUACCAAGCUGUCACAAGAGGCGCUGCCGGCAGCAGGAUUGUGGUGAGUGGGCUGGGUGAGAGGGAGGAAUGUGUCCGCACGUCCCUCGAUGUGUGUCUGGCUGUCGCUGUGUUGUGUUGUGUGGUGUGUGACAGUCGUAUCCGUCGAAUUGCCGGCCGAAACACGGGCUGCUGUCGCUCAACCACAUCGCCAACAGUUACCUCGCUGACCCCUACGUGUAGGCAACACGAGAUGAUGGAACGCAGACACCGGCCAGCUGCAAUGGUGGUGUGGUGUGCGGUGUGUGGUGUGGUGUGGUGUGGUGUGCCUGCAGGUAUUCGAAGGAGCUGGAUUGCGGGAGGCCGACACUGCGGCGGAACUCGGCCUUCUACCAAAUGUUCGUUGCCGGCAAGAAAUGAAAUGUUGUGUUACGUACUUGCCUGUCUACAUGUCUGUCUGACGUGUUAUAUGGAUGCUAUUUAUCGAGGCUGGGCAGUUCAAGGGCCCUUCCUCUGCUGCGUGUACCUGAUGUGUGAGUGUGUGUGCGCGUGCGUGCG